CCAGCUGGGUGAAGGUGAAACCGCCCCGUCUCUCACUCCACCCGUCGCUGGAAGCACCGGGAUCAUCUGCCGUGCCCUGAGCCAUGUCCAUAUUCAGCGAUGUCCCGCAGGCCCCGCCGGUAGCGGUCUUCAAACUGACUGCUGAUUUCAGGGAGGACAGCCACCCGCAGAAGGUGAACCUGGGAGUUGGAGCUUACCGUACAGAUGACUGCCAGCCCUGGGUGCUGCCGGUGGUGAAGAAGGUGGAACGGCUGAUUGUGGAGGACGACAGCCUGAACCACGAGUACCUGCCCAUCCUCGGUCUGCCCGAAUUCCGCUCCGCCUCCUCCAAGGUCGCCCUGGGAGACGACAGCCCCGCUAUCAAGGAAAACAGGGUGGGAGGGGUCCAGUCUCUGGGUGGCACAGGUGCCUUGAGGAUCGGGGCAGAGUUCCUGCGGCGUUGGUACAACGGCGUCAACAACACAGCCACGCCCGUCUACGUCUCAGCGCCCACGUGGGAGAACCACAAUGCUGUGUUUGCUGAUGCUGGCUUCAAAGACAUCCGUCCCUACCACUACUGGGAUGCUGCUAAUAGGGGCCUAGACUUCUCCGGGCUUGUGGAUGACCUGGAGAAAGCUCCAGAACACUCAAUCUUUGUCCUCCACGCCUGUGCGCACAACCCCACCGGCACCGACCCGACCCAGGAGGAGUGGAAGAAGAUCGCAGAGAUCAUGAAGAGGAGGAACUUGUUUGUGUUCUUUGACUCAGCUUACCAGGGUUUCGCCUCUGGCAGUCUGGAUAAAGAUGCCUGGGCCAUUCGCUUCUUUGUCUCAGAGGGUUUUGAGCUGUUUGUAGCUCAGUCCUUCUCCAAAAACUUCGGCCUUUACAAUGAGAGAGUUGGCAACCUGACCGUGGUUGCCCAGGACAGCGAGAACCUGACCCGCAUCCUGUCUCAGAUGGAGAAGAUUGUCAGGACGACUUGGUCCAACCCACCGUCUCAGGGAGCACGCAUCGUCAGCAAGACCCUCAACAGCCCCGAGCUCUUCGCUGAAUGGAAGGGUAAUGUGAAGACCAUGGCAGACCGUGUGCUGUUGAUGAGGGAUCAGCUUAAGACCAAGCUGCAGAGUCUGGGCACCCCGGGGACCUGGGAACACAUCACCCAGCAAAUCGGCAUGUUUAGCUUCACCGGCCUGAACCCCAAACAGGUGGAGUACAUGAUCAAAGAGAAGCACGUGUACCUGAUGGCCAGCGGUCGCAUCAACAUGUGCGGUCUGACCACCAAGAACAUCGACUAUGUCGCUCAGUCCAUCCACGAUGCCGUCACUAAGGUCCAGUAAAGGAUGCUCCUGUCCGCCCAUUUCCUGCCUCCUGUGCGCCACAGGAAGUAUCAUCAUGUGUGUGCCCUUGUACCCCUCCCCUGCCUAUCCAGACCUCUGAUUGUUUGAACUGCAGCGGGGAUUUUGCAGUUGAAUCAAUGAGAGGACGGAUGAUUUUCUGUUCUGAACCUUUGGGAGGUGCAAUUACUUUAGGAAGACACUUGAAGGCACACAGCCAGGUCUCACUGUCUAACAGAGCUUCAUACACAAAGGUGUUUUCGUGAUAUCCAAAGCAUUUAGGGUCACAAAAAAAAAAUCAGAAGUUUUUUUUUUUUUUUUUAAUCAAUUACAGGUCAAUCAUUUAUAGCAUUUCAAGGUAUUAAAUAUGAUACUUCUGUAGAAUUAAACAAAAUGCUGUUAAUGUCAAUAGAUGUAAUCACUCUCGAAGCUCCUACUAUUUACUGCAUAAGCACUGAGCACCUAUAUGAAGUAACAAAUUGUGCAUAAGGAUAUUUCUUAUGUGAAAUCUACAGAGAGGCAUUCUGAGUUAUUGUCUCUGCCACGUGACCGGGUUUAAAGCUCACUUAAAGGUAAUGCAUGUGCCUGUUGUUGUAGGUUUUGCCUUGUCAUACCUGUGCAGCUAUGUAGAAGAUCCUAAUGGUAGUUGAAGUUCAGAAAGCGACUUUGUGCCAUCAGUGAACAAAAUCACCUUGCCUCUCUUUGUUGUUUUCUUUCCACCCUGCAGUGCCCUUAUUGUGUUACAGAAAGCCUCUCUCAUCAGACCUCUGAGGCUGACUCUUGUUAGCCACACAAGAACACUCCUAUUAUUUGGUGUUGUUUGUACACACAACAGUAUGUGUGUUCCUACAGAAAUAAACUAUAAAACACAAGAACCAAA